UGGAUUUUCUUAUAUUUCAGCAAAGAUUUUAAGAUGUCUGAGAAGUACAUGACGAGGUUUGAUGAGAGGAUGAAAUCUCCAACAUUUGAUGAAAUCGACCGCAGCGAUCCUGUGGCAUUUCAUAAUGCACGAGAGCGUUGGGCUUUAGAAAGACUUAUUGAGUUGGAAACCGUGAAGAUAUACCAAGAAAGAGUCAAGGAAUGUUACAGAAGAGAGGAAGUCAAUGCCAAACAAUACUGCAGAAAAGAAGUAAAUGACUACAGAAAAUAUUACAACGAGUACAAGAAAAAAGCUUGGUUUCACACUGAAGGUGGUGACUGGACCAAAUAUAAAGUGGAGAUCAGUGGAGAAUGACAUUUUAUAAUUGCUCACAUACUGAUGGUAAUGAUGCUCUGUAAUGUGUGAUAUCUUUUUAAUUCCUUGAAUGGAGAAGAAGUGAUUUUUGAAGUCUUCUGUACACCUUCCUCUUCUGUGUUUGCACUGUUUUCCAUUUUUCCAGGCAAUUUGGUUGUAUUGUAAAUUGUAUACAUUAAGGGUGAUGAAUAUUUUCACAAGGUAAAUUUAACCUGUUCAGAUCCAUGAACCAGUACACACUGUUGUCAGUGUACCUGUUAAUGUUCUCAAUAAAGCAAUUUUUGAGAAAUAAUUACA